AUGCAAGAUCAGGAAAUCAUUCUCGACUCGUCAUCCGAAGAAUCAAUCGUAGGGGAACAGGCCAAAAAACUCUUCGAGAUAUGCGACAAAGAUGAUAAGGGAUAUAUUGAUAAGGAGGAUUUGAACGGUCUGAGUGAGUUCGUCUCACUGUACGAUAUCCAGGAGAUUCAAAAGAAGGUUGACGAGAGUCAAGAGAAACAAAUCACCAGAGAGCAGUUCACGCAAAUAAUC